GUGUAUUCGUCAUCAGAACGGCUGGAACGGGUGCACUCUCGUGUUGGAUUGUGGGUAAAUACGGCACUUCUCGUGACGUCAGAGGAAGUACACAACAGGUUGUCAAAAUGAUGAAGUUUAUGUUGUUGUUUAGCCGACAAGGCAAGGUGCGGCUGCAGCAGUGGUACUCCGCGACGCAGGAGAAAGAGAAGAAGAAGAUCAUGCGAGAACUCAUCACCAUCAUCCUGGCCAGGAAACCCAAAAUGUGCAGCUUCCUCGAGUGGAAGGAGUACAAAAUUGUCUACAAAAGAUAUGCGAGUCUGUAUUUCUGCUGCGCAAUCGAGAAGGGAGACAACGAACUUCUGACGUUAGAAAUCAUCCACAGAUACGUGGAGCUGCUCGACAAGUACUUCGGCAGCGUGUGUGAACUUGACAUCAUCUUCAACUUUGAGAAGGCGUACUUCAUCCUGGAUGAGCUGAUGCUGGGAGGGGAGAUCCAGGAAACCAGCAAGAAGAACUGUCUGAAGGCCAUCGCAGCGCAGGACUUACUACAGGAGGAAGCCGACGCGACCAGAAACGUCCUGGAAGAGAUGGGUCUACCCUGAGGCAUUCUGGGAACAAAUCAUUCAUCAGGAGAAAGUUAGCUAGCGAGAAAAAUAAAUCAGAAAUUGUUGUAAUGUCAUCAUAAUUAUCGUCUGUGGUUUACAAUUGUGGUGUUCGCUGAGUAAUCAUUCCAAGUCAGAAAAAAAAUCCCUGCAAUCAAUUCAGCCUGAUGUACAUGUAUCUUUACAACAAAAUUCUGAAUGUUUUGAUUUUUUUACGACUAAACAUGAGAUUACUGUAACAAGUUGGCUAUUGAAUCAGAUUUUACAAAAAGACUUGUUUAGACCCAAGUGAUGAGUUGUCAGAACUGCCAUGAAAAGGGAAUAGUUUGUAGUACAAAAAA